AUGGCGGAAGAACACAGAUUGCAAGCACCGCGAUUAUGCGUCAACAAUUGUGGAUUCUUCGGAAGCACCGCCACGGAGAAUCUCUGUUCACGGUGCUAUCGAGAUUUACAGCUUAAGGAACAACAAGCUGAAUCAGCGAAACUCGUUCUCAAUCAAUCGAUCUCGGUGCCGGCGAAGGAGGAUUUGGUUUCGGAACCGUCGUCUUCGUCGCCGGAUCCGGUUGAUUUGCCUAGCGUUGUUGAAGAGGCGAAGGCGAAACCGUUGCAGCAGAAUCGGUGUAUGACGUGUAAGAAGCGCGUGGGGCUCACGGGAUUUAAGUGCAAGUGCGGGAUGAUGCUGUGUGGGACCCACCGGUAUCCGGAGCAGCAUGGUUGUGAGUUUGAUUUCAAGGGGCUGGGGAGAGAGCAGAUCGCGAAGGCGAACCCAGUGGUGAAGGGUGAGAAACUCCAGAAGAUUUGA